AUGAGCCACCAAAAUUAUCAGCAGCAAGGCACCGAAGGAAUCCUAGCCGACUUGCCUACCAACCAACACCAGCAAGUACAAAAUCAAAUAGAGUGCCGAAAUCAACAGCAUCAAAGACUUAUGCAACAGUGCGGGAUAGGAUCGGGCAAUGCGAUGAGUCAUUCAGGCAGCCAGCAAAGUAAACUUCUGUCGAACCAACUAGAUGGUGGAAUUGCCGCUCAAUGGCAAUAUCAAAAUGAACAGUUCAACGUCCUCUCGUUGUGUCGCACUGGACAGGAAACGAUGCAGGACAUUGUUGGUGCCGUCGAAAAUGUUUUUAACAUUUUGCGUGAGAUAGAACCACCGAGCGACAUAGAUCGUGAAGUGUCGGUUAACGACAAGAGAGCAGAGCUGCAGGAACAACUACAAACGGCCGGAUUGCUGUUCAUGGAUUUGAGAUUCCUAAUGACAAAUAUAACGAAAUUUGCCAGCGGGACGUAG